AUGGCCUCCACCAACAAUACCACCAACGAUAGCGAGUGGGGCCCGCAGGAAACGCUUGGCGUGUCAGCCACUAUCAUGGGUAUAUACCUCACCGUAGUAGGUCUGGUGUCCACCGUCGGUAACGCUACCGUGGUGCUGAUGUUCAUGCUGAAGUGGAGACAGCUCUGUCGCAAGGCCCCCAACCUGCUCAUCAUCAACCUAGCCGCAGUCGACCUCUGCAUAUCCGUAUUUGGGUAUCCGUUUUCUGCGUCAUCAGGUUUCGCCAACCAAUGGCUCUUCUCGGACGCCAUCUGCACGCUGUACGGCUUCAGCUGUUUCCUGUUGUCCAUGGUGAGCAUGUGCACCCUGUGUCUCAUCAGCAUCCACAGGUACAUCACCAUCUGCCGCCCUGAACAUGCUAGUAAGUUGACCAUGACCCGGACGAUACUGGCUGUGGUCGGGGCCUGGGUGUACGGGAUCUCCGUGGCGGUACCACCACUCUUCGGCAUUGCAAGGUAUACGUACGAGUCCUUCGGUCUGUCCUGUACCAUCGACUUUCACGGUACCACUGUGGCUGAUAUGGUGUACCUGAGUAUCCUGAUCAUUCUGUGCUAUGUCAUCAAUGUCGCCGUCAUGGGGACCUGCUACUUCAAAAUCAUCAGGAAGUUCUCCAAACAUCGGUUCAGGGAAGUACGUGACGUCAGGACUAGUCAUCAGCAUAGUUUCGAAAGGGGAGUCACUCUGCGGUGUAUCCUGAUGACGCUGUUCUAUCUGAUAUCCUGGACGCCGUACACAGCCGUGGCGGUAUGGACCAUGGUCGGGCCCCCGCCGCCGGUACAGCUGGGCAUGGUGGCCGCGCUGACCGCCAAGACUCACUGCGCCUUCAACCCCAUCUUAUACAUGCUCAUGAGCGAGGUGUACCGGAAGCUGGUGCUCCGCACGAUGUGUCCCUGUUGUUUCAACAAAAUCAGCAACAAGCUUGUCAGGCUACCGGCUGACGACAGCAAACACUCGGGCAACCUCGACAUCUUCACUGUGGGGUACAACACUCGCGACCAGGCCGUGCAGAUCAACAAAAACGCCGCCAGGCGGUUCUGUUUUGUAAUGGAGACGGCGUCAGAUGAUUUGGGCAUUGAUGAUGAGGUCUUCGCGGGUCAGCUUGGGCUGUGUAGUCGAGUCAAGGCUACGGAACCCGGUGUAGAGGGUUUUGGCGGCUCCGAAGUCCCUCAGUCGCCGUCAGGAACGGAAAGUGAAUGGUCUCUCUCCCUGUUGGACUUCUUACCCAAGAGAAGCUCCUCGAAGACUGCAAAAGCUUCUUCGCUAUCCGAAACUUGUUCUGACAAUACGGUGUUGUCAUCAGCGGCAAGGAAAAUGGCAUUUUUGGAGUCAUCACACCAACAGUCGGACAGAGAAGUCUGUUGCAUAGAGAACCGUCAGGCACCUGAAGACACGAAACCCUGCAAGUUCGCAAUAGAAUCGCUAGGGGUCAGGCUUCCCCACAAGUGCUGUACAGCUUCACAGGUUGCUGGAGCCCCGAGUAGAUACGCUGGGAUGAUCGAGACGUUUACAGACUCAGAAGGAAAAACGAAAGAAAAAGCAGCCGUCAGUUUGUCAGAGAUUGACGUUAAAAAGCCCCCACCAGCGUCCAAAACGUGGGAGAGAAGAAAAACAAGCAAAAACACGUCUCGCGGACAAAGGGUAAAAAGAACGUUUGGCAAGUCUAGAAAACAUGCGUAUAUUGUUGACUGCUAGUAAUUAACACCAAAAUGAGUAGCAUACGAAGACACGACAAAUGAGGUUCAAAUUUACAUAUUUCUUUGAAAAGACAAAUUGAAUUGAAUCAUGAAUUUUGUUGACCCACUGAAAGAUACUGCUGGUAUUUCUACAAAGAAAUUCUGAUAAUGCAAAGUUAGCCACCUAUACAGUAGACGCCGCUUAAUUGUACGGUCUAUUUGCCAGUGAAUUUCGUGCAAUUAUCCGACUGGUGCAAUAAUAAAGUUAUCUAGCUGGACCACACCGGUUUGGGAUUCGGGGAUUCCGUGCAGUUAACAGAAGUGUGCGUUAAUCCGUUGUGCAAUUAACUGGCUUCUACUGUUUCUGUAUAUGUUAUUAACUACAUGAAAUAUUCAUGGUUAUAUAUUUCAGUAGCGUCUGUGUUGUAACACACGUAAUUCAUGGUGGGUUGAAUAUAAGCAAAAUACCAAACAUGCAAAUGAGGAACUGAUUUGCAUACUUAGUGCAAAAAGGCGAAAAUCCUUAAUUAUGAUGGGUACUUUGUACAUAUGACACGUGUAAGUUGAUUUAAGAAUAAAAAUCACCAUGCAUAGAUUAUGUAAAAGUGUGCAAGUCAUUUACAUGAAAUUUAUUUCAUGGAUGUAUGAGGUAGUCGGAAUGUAAUUAUUAUGUAUGUUGUAAUAUUUUAGAACUGUGUCUCC